UGGUUGAUUUCUUGAUAUUUAAGGAACCCAUAUCCAUAUAUAUACGCAUGCCAUGGUUACCGUACUAGAGAGAGCAUUUUCAUUCAUAUCAGGCCUUGCACACUCUUACUUUCGCUAUCGAGACAACCACAUAAUCAACAACUUGAACUACAACAUGACUAGGGGUCGUCCCCUUGCCUUGCAGACAGUGGAGCUGAAAGUAAGGAUGUGCUGCACAGGGUGCGAGAGAGUGGUCAAAAACGCCAUCCACAAGCUUAGAGGGAUUGACUCGGUGGAGGUGGAGUUGGAGAGGGAAAAGGUAACAGUGGUGGGGUACGUAGAUCGGAACAAAGUGCUAAAGGCAGUGAGGAGGGCUGGAAAGAGGGCCGAGUUCUGGCCCUACCCAGAACCCCCUCUCUACUUUACAUCAGCCAACAACUAUUUCAAAGACACAACUCACGAAUUCAAAGAGAGUUACAACUAUUAUAAACAUGGCUACAAUCUCGGGGACAAGCAUGGGACCAUUCCGAUCAAUCAUCGAGGAGACGACAAGGUCAGCAACAUGUUCAACGAUGACAACGUCAAUUCUUGCUGCCUCAUGUAACUCAUCAUGCAAUCUCAUCAUGUAUAUAUACAUAAAAGAAUGUGCAUGCAUGAUCACCAUGAUCUGAAUCUUCAUCGAUCCAUGUAAUAUAACUGAUCAUCGAAUGAUUUGAUUUGGGGGUGAUUUGGAUGGAAAUGAUCCGUCAAUCUCUUUCGUUGUACUGUGAAGUGUGCAAAGCUUUAUUUGCUGUUGUGCCGAUUGUAGAAGCUGUGGGGAAUCUAUUCAAUUAAUGGAAGGAUCCAUUUAAGGGCUCUUA